GCUGUUUGUUCGGGAAGUGGAUCCGGCCCGCAGCCGCCGCCGCCCCCUCCCUCCCCCCUCCCCGCUCGCUCCGCCGCCCGCGGCCGCUCCCGCCGCCCCGGCCAUGGCCCGGGACUACGAUCACCUCUUCAAGCUGCUCAUCAUCGGCGACAGCGGUGUGGGCAAGAGCAGUUUGCUGUUGCGUUUUGCAGAUAAUACCUUCUCAGGCAGCUACAUCACCACAAUUGGGGUGGAUUUUAAAAUCCGGACGGUUGAGAUCAAUGGAGAGAAGGUGAAGCUGCAGAUCUGGGACACAGCUGGACAGGAGCGCUUCCGGACCAUUACAUCAACGUAUUACAGAGGAACACAUGGGGUGAUUGUGGUCUACGAUGUAACCAGUGCAGAAUCCUUUGUGAAUGUAAAACGGUGGUUGCAUGAAAUUAAUCAAAACUGUGAUGAUGUCUGCCGGAUACUAGUGGGGAAUAAGAACGAUGACCCAGAGCGAAAAGUGGUAGAAACAGAAGAUGCCUAUAAAUUUGCUGGCCAGAUGGAGAUCCAGUUGUUUGAGACCAGCGCCAAAGAAAAUAUUAAUGUGGAAGAGAUGUUUAAUUGCAUUACAGAGCUAGUCCUGCGAGCAAAGAAAGAAAACUUAGCAAAGCAGCAACAGCAGCAACAGAAUGAUGUGGUGAAGCUAACGAAGAACAGUAAAAGGAAGAAGCGGUGCUGCUAAUGCCCCUUCCCUGCUGCAGAGACUCUGCUCUCAGACAGAUCAGCCCCUCCAGCUAGACUCGGGCAAUUCCACUGGGGCAGGCUUUGGGAGGACUUUCUCAGUUUUGUGCCGUUAUUUAAAGAUUAUUUUUUCUCCAUGUUUUCUAUCAAGAGGCGCUGGCACCUUUACCACUUCAGUGCCAAGAAGGUAUCGGAAGGAAUCUUGUCCCCCUCUCCUCCCCUGCUCAUUCCAGUGCGCCUUGUAGACAAGAGGGACGUUGCCUACCAAGUGGACUAAUUAACCCAAGAGUUUGUAUAUAAUGUAUAUUGCUUUAACCAGCCUCGCCUCCCCGUUGUCGCUUUGGCUUAUGCCUUCUUAAUGUCAACCAAUCAUGGACUGCAGAGCUCCUCUUUUUAAAGAAAUAGUACAAAGUUCUUAAUUCGAGUUGGCCCCAGGCUGGCAGCAGCUGCUUCCUGGGGCCUCCAGCUUCAUUUCUGUUGGGCUCCAGGCUGGCAACUGGUGCCCCUGGGGCCUGCAACUCCAUCUGGAGUUCCAGGCUUCUACUGGGGCUCAGUCUCUGUUUUUCUAGGUACCAGGAUUGCAGGUGUUGCUGCUGGAGCCUGGGGUUUCACUUCACCAGCCCCCUGGGCUGGCAGCUGGUACUGCUGCUGGGGCCUUGAAUUUCAGUUUGCCAUGAUCCAGAUCUGUUGCUGGGUCCUUGGGUUUCACCUUCUUGCGCUGCAGCCCAGCUGUUCCUGUGCUCUCCUUUAGUUUGUAUCAAGAUACUGAAAAACAAACUGACCUGCAGAAGUGGGAUUUAUUUGGAUAAAACUUUCUUUUUUUAAAAGAACACAAGCCCCAAACACGAAGUUUAACUCCUUUGACCUCUGCUUCUGGUCCUGAGUGAGGGUCCAUUUCUUUUGAGAACAACAAAAACCAUGUGAUUCUGCCAAAAGCCCCCUAAACUUCUCCUCGUUGUCCUGUCCACAAAUAGGCAAUCUGAACUGGAAUGUGAAUUUUGGUGGCAAAGCUUUUGUUUUUGAGAGAGAAAAGGCAUGAAAAUGAAUCCAGCUGUUGUGGGAUUGAGGACUGAAUAUGAAAGCUGCUGCAGGAUCAUUCCCAGGAUUCUUCAGUUAGAAAGGAGGACUGCUGUUUAAAGGAACAGGAAGCUUGUUUGCUUGGGUUUGUGGUGGUGGAGGAUCACUCUUGGAAACAAACUGGUCUCGCUGUGCUAAGCACCAUUUGCUGGCUCUGGCUGGCCGUUCUGGGGCAGCUGGGGCUCGGUUCCUCGCCGGAACAGAUGUCGUUAAAGGUGGAGAGUGUAUGUGCGUGGAACUGAGCCAUCGACUGUCUGGGCUGUACAUGCUCAGCACCUGAAUCAUGGCCUAGAUCAGAGUUUUAAAAAAGAAGAAUUCUUCCUUACAAUGACUAAAAGGCAAGGAGGAUAUGGCUUCCUUUCAGACCCUGAGGCAGGGGUACCCAUGUGUCAGCAGCGGCCCCGUGGGGUCGAUGGCCAGAGUCUGGUAGGAUCCGAUUCACCGAUGUCCGUGAGCACCCCAUCAGCCCAAUUCUCUGCCUUCCUCCCCCUGCCCCCCAGGAGAGGCUAAAUUUUAGUCACUUAUUCUGCCUGCAUUUUUUUUUGGUGUAGAUUUUCCAGGUGGUGGUGAGAGCCCUGGUGAUACAAUCACGUCACAGUCAAUCACUUGAAAGACUUCUUAAGAUGAUGAAUGUGUAACACGUUUUUGUUCUUAAUUGGUUCAGGUGCUGGGGGUGUGUAUCCAGCUGCCUUCACCCAGCUCUUUUCUUCACAUAUCUUUCAUUGGUAAUCCAAGAAUCAGAAGGAGGUGGGGUGAUAGUGGUGAUACAGAACGAGGUGAUGCUGCUGGUGUGAGCUCUGGGAAUUGUACAACUUGGGCAGCUGUGGAAGGUGACGGCUUAAGUGACACGAGUCCCUCCUGUCUGCUUCCCAGCGGGUCAGGCCUCACAGCCUUCCCCUUGCAUCAGGGCUGUCCUGUCAUGGUUGCUACUUGCAGAUUGAAGGGCCCAGCUGUGUUGCUUUGGGACUCUCGUGGGAGUGUGUGUGCUGAUCUAGGAGGGGAGUGACUCCAUACAGGCAGAAGUAAAGGAAAUGUCUGAAUUUACUGGAAAUGAUGCAAUAAAAUGAGGAAAUGGUGCACCCAAGCCUGGAGUGUUCUCUUAUAUGGGAAGAUUGGUCCUCUUUGAGUCCAGGUCUUUGUGGCCACGAUUUGAACUGUGCCAAUCCAGGUGUCCCAGCUUCUUGGCUGAAAGGGGGACCCUUUUUGUGUUUUUCCCUAGAGCUGGCUGUAGAGGAGCAGUCACCUCUGCUCUUGCCACUGACUGUUCAAUUGGAAGGGGUGGGGACUGUGUCUCUAGUGGUGCUGAUGUGAAGUUUCCUAAGUGUUGAGCAAUGGAAUGUCUAACUGGUUUGUUAGGAUUAUUUCUGUAAUGAAAGUUUCUAAUUAUGCUUUUUAAAUAAUUUUUAAAAACUAAAAAUAAAGGUUACAAGCUGCCAA